AUUCGUACAGUGCUACUAAAAAAACAUAUAGGACAAAGAAAACCAUGAAACAAGUGAAAGUUUUUUGUCGGAACGUUGAAAAACAAACGAAAGUUGAAAGAAAGAAUUGCGGCAUCAUGAAUCACAUUGUUUUGUAAACGAAAGUGAAAGCCAAACGCAGAACAGAACGAAAGAAACAGGUCAACGACUGACACACACAUUCACGGAAGGCACAUCGCCGAUUCGCCAUGGCAACAGCUUCUUCAAUGGCACAGGCCCUGGUAUUGCCUGGACUCUUCACGGGCUCGUCUUACUCUCACUGCUCUGCUGUGCCUAUGCGUCGUCUUCCACCUCGCACUUCUCCUACUUCAUCGUUCUCAGCUUCUUACAAGCCGCACUUCUCAACUAAGAUCAAGAGAUUGUCCCUUUUCAAGAUCAAAGCCUCUUCUUCAGAAGAGACAUCUGAAUCUGUUGAAGGUGGGGAGGUAUUCUCGAAUCUGAAGGACAAGUGGGAUGCAAUUGAGAACAAGUCCACAGUAGUACUCUAUGGAGGUGGGGCGGUAGUUGCUGUUUGGUUGUCUGCUGUCAUUGUUGAUGCUUUCAACUCAAUCCCAGUGUUUCCAAAAAUCAUGGAGGUGGUUGGGCUUGGAUACACUGGCUGGUUCAUUUACCGUUACCUUCUCUUUAAGUCUGGCAGAAAAGAACUAGCCAGUGACAUUGAAGACUUGAAGAAAAAAAUUGCUGGAAAUGAAUAGAGCACAUCAAUUGUGCAUAUCUUUUGAUGGCCUACUUUUGAGCAUUUAUCAAUACCAUAAUGAAUGUCUCCCUGAAAACACGAGGGGUUAUGUAAUGUAUGCAGUGACUAUUUUUCUCAUUUCUUUCUGUAGCAAUCUGAUAUCUUUCAGCAGUGAUAAUGAAAGAUAUGCCUCAGAAAUAGAUUCAAAUUCAUUGCACACUUGCCUCUGCUUAAGUUCGUGUUUGAUUCCAUUGAGAUUAAGGAUCCGAUAAUCCGAU